AAGUGUCAUGGAACCCAGUUACAGGGCUUUGGUAAUUCAGCCCUGUAACUGGGAGUCAUAACAUAAACAAUCCCAGGAGCACCUGGCAGAAGAAGAUAGAAUAUGCCUGGGAACUUGGGGCCGAAAGUAUAAACAAUUAUAAUUGGUUUAGUGUGUGAAAAUGGUAGUAAUGUGAUAUUGGGGGUGGGACUUGAUGAUGAUAUUUACGUGUGGUGUUACGUAGCAUCAAAAGUUAUAAAAAUAGUUGUAUGUAAACAUUGGGUCAUUCCUGACUUUUCCAAAGUCAUGUGUUCUUCAAUAAAGAUUGGAUUUGAGAGCAGCCAUCUCUGAUCUGCGUUCAGACUGAUCCUUUGAAGUGAGCAGGACAAUUAAGUCAGGAAUCCAGUUCUCACCCUCCUGCAAAUUUGCAGUGAAGUGAUAAUGAGCAGGGAAGGAGAUCAAAGCCAUGACGGAGCAAAGGGGCCUCCGCUGGGAGCUCUGCCGUUGGCAGAAGAGACAUUGCAAGCCAUAGCUUCCUCUACGGGGUACCCCAAGCCGGACGGCGUGACCCAGAGGAUUCCCAGAGGGGGAAGAGGCGUUCCGGCGGCGGCAGAAACCAGUUGGGGAUCUGGAGGAAGCAUGCCGGAGACCGUGGCCCUGCGGUUAUCCAUCCUGGAAACUCAUUUAUCCAGGCUGUCGGAUACCGUGGGGAGAAUAGUGCCAAUAUUGGAAGAGAAUCUCCAAAAAGAGCACAUCCGAUAUGGCGCCGAGAGAGAGCCAAGCAAAGGAGGCGAUUGGAGCCAGAGGGGACAGCGAGCUUCAACGCAGAGUCCCGCGGCGGCAAGGGACGAGGGAGACGAGGAAUAUUGGCAGGAGCUGGAGUUCAGAGACAGAAUGGCACGCGAAGUGGAGCGCCAGCGAGCUCUGGGAACUCUGAGGCCGCCAUCUCCAACAGAGCUCCCAACCCCCCGGAUGGGCGUCGGGGUGGAAAGACCACUGGGGCCAGGGAUCGGGUCCAGUGGAUUAGCAGACGAAGGCGGAGAGGAGCAGGAGAUCCAGGAAGAGGAGGAGGAUGUGCAGUACGACGGGGAAAGGCGAGAUGCGGAGGCUACAGCGAGGCCAGUAUGCGGAUGGGGGGAAGGGCCGACAGCGGCGGCAGGAUUUCGGGAGCCGCGCAGAAUGACCACCGGAGUGGGGCGCGGCGUGAUCCAAGGAAACCCGAUGCAACCCUUCCCCAUGCCUCCCAGACAGCAUCAACGGGCCGCUGAAUGGAUGCCAAGAAGGGAAGAUCUCAAGCUAGAAUACGGAGGGGAAUCAGCCGAACUGAACUUUUUUCUAAUUAGCAUCAGGGGAUACAUGGAAGACAAUGCACACACAUUCCCCUCCGAAGCAAGCAGGGUUCGGGCCAUCGGCAACACACUAAAGAGAGGAGCGGCCAGCUGGUAUGUGCAACUACAUGCCAGACAGGACCCAUGCCUGAGGUCAGUGCCCCGCUUCCUCGCCGCACUGGAAAACCGGUUCAGAGACCGGCUAGAGCAAUUGAGAGCUCGAGACCAGCUUAGAGGAAUAAAGCAGAGGGACAAAACGGUGCCCGAGUACGCAGAGGAAUUCCUCCACCUCGCGGAAAGGGUACCAGAGUGGUCUGAAGUGACCAAAGUGGAAUUAUUUAAAGAGGGACUACGCCCCGAGAUUUUCAGCUGGGCAGCGCACAGAGAUGACCCCGAAACGCUCCAGGGAUGGAUUCAACUAGCGGGGCGCGUUGAAUCCACCCUGGCCCAAGUAAAGCGCUUCAGGAGCAGCGGCGGCCAGCAAAGACCGGUGGCGAGAGGUCGAGGAGAAACGAGGAAGCAGGAAAGACCCGGAGGGAGGCCGGGGAUUCCCUCCAGAGGAGACGACAACAAACCUAAACCGGGAUGCUUUGUAUGUGGGAAGACGGGCCAUCGAGCAGCAGAAUGCUGGGCACGGAAGGGGGAGCCGCCAAAACCCUCAAAGCCCAAGCCAGCAACCGGGAGGCGUGCGGAGGAGGAGGUGCGAGCCCCAGAAUCUUCAGAAAAAUUGGCUUGUGAUGAAAGAAGAACCGAAGAGGAGGACGAAGAAAAGGAGGGCACCAUGUCAUGGAACCCAGUUACAGGGCUUUGGUAAUUCAGCCCUGUAACUGGGAGUCAUAACAUAAACAAUCCCAGGAGCACCUGGCAGAAGAAGAUAGAAUAUGCCUGGGAACUUGGGGCCGAAAGUAUAAACAAUUAUAAUUGGUUUAGUGUGUGAAAAUGGUAGUAAUGUGAUAUUGGGGGUGGGACUUGAUGAUGAUAUUUACGUGUGGUGUUACGUAGCAUCAAAAGUUAUAAAAAUAGUUGUAUGUAAACAUUGGGUCAUUCCUGACUUUUCCAAAGUCAUGUGUUCUUCAAUAAAGAUUGGAUUUGAGAGCAGCCAUC